UGUGUUGUAGAGGUGUGAGUUUCACAAAAUCAUCUGUGAAAUCUGACAUGUCCAGAAGUGGCUUAUGAAUCAUAAGUACGUAGUCAGGCUUCCCAUAUACAAAUGAAACAGGAAAGUAGAAGAGCUCGAGAGAAGAAGUUCUGUGCUACACUUGUGCCUGUGCUACUACUUCUCUAACUCCCAGGCUUCUCUAACUCCCAGGCACAGAGAGAACCCCCCGUGCUCUUCAUCUGCACAGACAUGAAUAGCUGUAUAAUAAGCAGGAAUAAGCUGCAGUUAAUUGGAUUCAUUUUAUCAUUUGGAAUGUUUAAGCAAGGACUAAUGUGUAAACUUAAAGAUUGUAUAUCUUUACCAGGGCAGAUCAAUGUCACAACGUGUGAAGUUGAAGAAUUUUCAGGCUGGAAUGACAAGUUGUUCUGCAGCAUGUCUUUCAAACAAAAUAAAAUCAGCUCCAUUGAUUGCUCCUGGGGGCAAAAUCCUACAUCAUUGCCAAUCAGCUACACUGUUUAUUUAACAUGGGCCGAGGUAACAGACUGUAAGCAGUGCGCUCCCACCUCUCCAGCUGUACGGAUAAAAAAUUCAUUUUUGUUCAAAGAUCAUCAAGCCAUUAUCUGGCUAUCCAACGGCUCGUGCAUGGAACGCGUCUCCAUCAUCACUAGCAAAAACUGCAAUACACCCAGCAUUAUGGAAAGUGAGCACUUAUUCAAUAGACUGAGAUUUAAAUUAGAUAACGUUGCAGAAAUGAGGUAUCGAGAGGCAAACUCAACAACCUGGUAUUAUAAAAAUGCAACGGCACUAGAGUUCAAUGUCUCGUUACCAGAGCCAUGGAAGCACACGUCUGUCAUAGCUCAGCAAAGAUGUUCUCAUGCUUCUUGUUCAUACUGUGAAUGGGGAAAGGAGACAGCAGUUCCCCACAAGCUGAUUGUUGCACCAAGUAUCACAAUUACUGCUCAGAAACUAUCUCCUGGGAAACAAAAAGUCAGGAUUAAGUGGCAGUUUGCACAAAGUGACCAUGCAGAUGAAUACAUUGUAAAAGUUCAGAGGGAACCAUCGAGCUGCAGAAACAGCUUUCUAUCCGUGAGGCUUCCCAGUACUGUGUCCCAGCACCAACUCAAUCUUUCCAUGGCAUUUUUCAAAGUCUCUAUAUGUGCCCGAAAUAAAGCAGGGGAGUCACCGUCAGCCACUUCCCUGGUCCCUCUCUUGCCAGCACCAGAUCUGCCAGGGAAGAUAUUUGCUGCAGCUCAAGAAAACAGGAUUUUCCUCACAUGGACUCCCAAGUUUCUGGAUAACUUUUUUGUGGUUGAUUGGGGUACUGACCCUUUAUUGAUGACCAACAAGAUAGAAAUGCAGCAAAUGGAAAAUUACUCAUUAUCAGUCCCCAAUGCCUCAAAGCCAUACACAAUAAAGAUACACUUGUACGACAGGCAGACCUGUGGGAAUGUUACUCAGGAGACCACAUUCGGAAUAACGCACAUCUACGGAGAAGAAGGAGUUCCUAGAACAGGGCCGGUAAAUAUCACCAUAAGAAAUAUAACCGCGCACUCUGCGGCCGUUCAGUGGCAAGAGAUACCCGAAGAGGAGCGGCUGGGAUUUCUGGUGGGAUACAGAAUAUAUUUCGCAGACAUAACCCGGAACCAAACUCUGUAUAUCGCUGUGAACGACUCGUCCCAAAUGCAUUAUGAGCUAACGCAACUCAGAAGCGGAAGCGAAUACGAAGUAAGGAUAUCGGGAAGAACCAAGAAGGGUGAUGGGAUCCCAAGCAUGGCCUAUGCAUUCAGGACUCUAAAUAACACUCACACAGAAUUAGGCAUCCUCACCUGGAUUGGCGUUUUGAUACUAGUCCUACUGUUCGUCAGCGCUGGUGCUGUUUUACUAAGCAAAAUGAAGGACUGGUUCUUGCCAGAUGUUCCCAAUCCUCAGCACAGUGACAUUGUCAACAUCACCAAGGAGACUACUGCAAAGCAACGUGAAAAGGUUCUGUCAUUUUCUAUCCUACAAGAAGAUUGUAGCUGUGAUGCUGUUGGAGUGGAAGUGAUAGAAAAUGACCCAGGAGAAUCUCUGCUGUUGGGUUUAUCCACUAACAAAAACAAUUUCCUAAACAUGGAGGAGAUCCCAUUGCAUGCAUCAAAGCCAGACUUCAACACAGGACUCAGUGCCAGAAAUUCCACUGCCAGUUUCAACAUGGCAUCCGACUCAAAAUCAUUAAAAGAUGUGCCACUACCAGCUGAUCGAUCUGCAGGCAGAAUGGAUGUGACCCUGGGUUCUACUAUUAAGGCAAUGGCCUUUUCGGAUUAUUUCAGAGAGAUCCCAAGAACAGACAUGCUAAUGUAUGAACAAGCAGAACAUGUGCAUCUUAUCUCUGUGUGUCCAAUAUCUCACAACUGAGCUGGUAUUAUUGUUAUAUUGUCUGUGUGCAAACACCAGAAUGAAAAGAGGACUAUUGGCAAGCGGGAAUACUUGUUUUAUUAAACAUACAAACAGUAUCCCAGGCA